GCACACAAGCGCAGCCCCAAACAACGACAUGCUUUGGAUGCCAUUUUACUUUCCUCCGUAGACUUUGCUCGUCAAAUAAUGGAACUAAUAAGCAUACGGCGUGACGACAUUCCAGAACCUAUCCUCCUCCCCGUCAGUGCCUAUCAAGACAACUGGGCACAGAUCGUCCUCCGAAUCGCAGAAUGGAAUCGAUUGGACAGACACGCAGAGAAAUUGACCUUCUUCCUCGAUGACAGUCCUUUUGAAGGCUCUAAUGUGAAGGAGUUGAUAGAGAGGACAAAGACAAAUCCACUUGUCUUUCGGAUAGAUUUAAGAGGCGCUGAAACACCUGUAUCGCGGACGCCGAUCGCUGCCACCCCGGUACCUCUACUCGGAGACGAUAGCACACCUAUUAAACUGGAGCAGAGGAGGGAAGCGAGCUCAAGCCGGCAAUUUACGACUAUCCGGGUUGGGUCUACGCCGUCUCCGUUGUCACCUCUGGUACGUGAACCCAUCUCUCAGAGAAGUAUACGAGAUAGCGAAGGCCUGCCGACAUCCCCCAGCGUACAACCGGGUUCAAGUGCAACGCCAGAUAAUCAUAGAACCCAUCAUCCUGACAACCUCCCCAUCAUAGAGCUUCCCCGACGACACUCCAUAAACCUUCACGACGCCAUUUCCGAGAUUUCAGCCAGACUCCUCGCCACACAGGGUGCUGUAAGUCACACGACGCACUGGAUGCAGGAAUGUCUACAUCGUAAUAGCAUCCGGGCCACAAUCAAGAGCAUUGCUGCGGAACUGACGAAUUUCGUUUCAUCUGGACACUAUCACUACCACAGUAAGGGCAAGCUUUGGAGACCGACUGGAAAACAUUUUGAGGAGCUGCCUUUAGCAACGCCUUCCUCCCAGCGAACACGGCAAGUUGUUGUUGAAGACGGGGUCUGUGGCGAGUGUAAGACCAUGGACACACCGAGAUGGCGGAGCGGGGAGAUGGGGGAGGUGCUAUGCAAUGCCUGCUGGCUACGAUGGAAGACGAGAGAUCUGUAGGCAGCUUUGUGCACGUAAACAUGCGAAUUGACGCAACUGGCAAGACAACGGUGAAGAGAGACCGUUUUGAUGGAUGGUUUGCUGUGGAGAAAAUGAACAUCCAAACAAAGGCGCUUAGAGAAUUUUGCGCAAAGAGGGGAUACUAUUAGGGUGCGCUGAUAUGCCCGACAAGCAUACUCUACAUAUGAGGUGUUAUGCCAAAUUUCCGUAAAUAAAUCCUUGAUAUGCUCCCA